AUGAGAAUCAUUUCGAUAAUUUUAUCCUUGUUGCUUUUAUUCUUUAUAAACUUAUUUUUUGUAAAGUCGAGAUACAAAAAUGAUGAAAGUUAUAACAUUCCGCUGAAUGUGUUAUUCAGUAAGGGAAAACACAUACGAAAGAGAUUAUGUAAUGAAUGUUUUUACAAAAAUGAAAUAAAUUUGAUAUACAAUAGUUGUAGGGCUUUGGAAAAUGUCAAUUAUCAUAACAUUAACAAAAAUAAAAUUUUUUAUUUUAUAAAAGAGUCUCCUAAAAUGUUCAAGAGAUAUAUUAACUUAAAAUCAACGUAUAAAAUUUCUCAAGUUUUAUCAGUACAUUUUUUAAAAAAUUUCUUUUCCCAAAAAGCAUCUUCACUCUUUAAUGGAGUAUAUUUCUUAGAAGGCACAUAUUUGAAGGAUAAUAUUUUACGUGGUUUAGUUGGAUUUUUCGGAACGCUCGUUCUUCGCUUUUUAGUUGUAUACAUAAUUCAGUUGAUCUCAUCCUUCCUUAUGUUCCAUUAUGUGAAUAUUGUUUCUCAAAAGACACAAGCAUAUAUUGUAGAAGUAAGUGGAUCUAACUACGUGUCUAGAGUGAUUGGGUUCUUUCAGUUGAAUUUUAUUAAUUAUUAUAUAAAUGUCUUCAGUGAGGUCGUUCAGGCAAUUCUCAUAAAAAUAUUGUUUAAUCAGUAUGAAGGGCAUCUAGUAAAGACAAUUAUUUACAAUAGUUCAGAUUAUUACAUAAAUACAAAGUUGAAAAACAAAUAUGAAAUUCUAUAUCAGUGUACUAAGAAGUUUGUCUUGACACGAAUUAACAAGUUAAGUAUGUUCACGUUCAAUUACCUCCGCUACUUUGCCCUCACCAACUUAUUCUUCAAGCUUUGGGGAGGCACGUAUAACAAGUUCUCCCCCAGUGACGUGAAAAUGCCUGGAGUGUACUCGAACCCUAAGAAGAGCCUGAACAAAGACAUGAAAUAUGCGACAAAAAAAGAAAUAGAAGUUUUACGAGAAAUAUGUAAAGAGACAGGUUGUCACACAUGUGGUGUUACGUGUCAUGAACGAUUCAUAGGAGAUCAUCAGCCACCUGUGCAAGUGAUAAAAGACAUGAUUGAGUACUACAAGAAGAGAAAAUUUCUGAGAACAAUAUUGAAAAUUUUUAAAUUGUACGAUACAAAACAGCGUUUAUAUCCACAGUGUGUUAGAUGUUCACAGUUACAAGCUGCUUCUGUUAGAUGUAAGAAAUUAAGACUGAUUCCACAUUAUAAUACUAUUAGGGCUUUUCAUUUUUCUUCCAUUUUUCAUUUGGCACUCAAGAUGCUUUUACUAACGCAAUGGCAUAAAAUUGUCUUCUGGGAUGGUGAUAAUGUGUGGUAA